AUGGCAGCCUCGAAACGUGUACUUGUCUUGGGAGGACAUGGCAAAAUCGCACUCCUGCUACAACCAAAACUACUGGCGAAGAACUGGAACGUGACUAGCGUGGUGCGGAACUUGGACCACGAAGCGGAAAUCAAGGCGCUGGGAAAUAACCAGCCUGGUAAAAUUGAUGUUCUGGUGGAAAGUCUCGAUGAUGUUCAAGAUGCCAAAACUGCGCAGAAAGUCCUUGACAAGGUUAAGCCCGAUAUCGUGAUCUGGUCUGCAGGUGCCGGCGGAAAGGGAGGUCCAUCGAGAACGAAAGCAGUUGAUGAGGUCGCCGCCAAAGCAUAUAUUUCAGCCUCCUUGGCCACACCGAGUAUCCAAAAGUUUCUUUUGGUGUCAUACAUUGCCUCACGGAAGGGUUAUCCUCCUUGGUGGAACAACGAGGAUAAGAAGGCUGCCGAUCAUGUCAACACCGAGGUGCUUCCACACUACUUCAAGGCCAAGGUCGAAGCCGAUGAGCAUCUGGAAGCAUUGACGCAGAAACGCCUCGAGAGUGGCGACAAGUCUUUCCAGGCUAUCAAUCUUCGACCUGGUACUCUUACAGACGAUCCGGCAUCAGAAAGGGUCAGCCUGGGUAAAACUUCGUCGCGUGGAAACGUCAGCCGAGAGACGGUCGCCAACGUAGCUCUAGCCCUAUUGUUGAGAGACGAUACCCGUGGGUGGUUUGAUUUACUAGAUGGUAGUUCCAGUGAUCCUACGGUAGACGAAGCAGUGGAAGAACUUGUAAAGAGUGGUCAUAAUGGACUGGAGGGUGAGGAUCUGAAGCGGAUUCACGCAAGGAGUACUUGA